UCGAAAAACCAAAAUCGUCUUCGUCCCCAAAUUGAAAUUGAAGAGAGAAACCCUAGAUUCCUCAUUUGCGAUGUCGGAUGUUCCACCGUUUGCCACGAAAUUGGUUGCUUAUGAUGAGAUCAACAAGGAAGCUUUCAUGUCUUUACACGUGGGUCACUUCACUGGUUUAAGCAUGAACGACUCCACUUCGUUUCUUGAUCGGAAAUUCUACCUCAGUUUGAUGAUGCUAGAGAAGCCUGUUUACCAGGUUGGUGGUUACUACUUCACCACCAACCUGGUGAUGCUUGGAAAGGCUUCCUCUGACGGUUCUGUGGCUGCCAAACUUAGAGCCAGCAUCUCUGAUCACUUUCUCGUGAAAGCAAACGCCGUGCUGAGGUUCGAUCCCUGUGUUUUGACUGGACUGGUCACUUUUGACCACAUGGGCCUGAGGCACCGAGCACAGUUGCAACUUGGGAGCAAGGGCGUAUUGGGAGCCACAUACGUCCAUCGUUGCACACCGAGCCUAUCGCUCGGGACUGAGUUCGUCUGUAGCAAUCUUGCUCAUGAUCCCGCAGUUGGAUUUGCCUUGAGAUUUGAGGAUGAUAAGACGGUGGCUACUGCGAAAGGUUCCAGCACCGGUAGCCUUCUGAUAACGUACCUUCACAAGGUUUCCAAGAAGGUUUUCCUGGCCACUGAUUUUGUGUACAACAUCUUUUCAAAAGAUGUCAAAGCUAGUGUUGGGUGUGACUACAUGUUCGACCAGUGUCGUGUCAUAGGAAGGAUAGAUUCUGAUGGCGUGGCCUGUGCCUCCUUGGAGGAAGGAGUCAACUCUGGGCUGAAGUUCCUUGUGUCAGCCAGUUGGGACCAGAGUAGAGGAUUGUGGAAAGUGGUGAAUUUCUCUAGUGCUGAUGAAUUCGAGUAGACAUAGUUCCUGUCGAUGGCUCUAGGCAUCUGGAAGCAACAGGGAAUCCGUUACUUGUUUGAGGACGAAUCACGACUUGUUGUUGACAUAGCUCUGAAGCUGUCCAAGAUGGAGGAGUUCACAGGCUGAUCAGAUCCAACCGUCAUAAGAUAAAGACUGGUCACGUUCAACGACUCAACUGGUACACUUUUCCCUGCACCUAUAUGAUACUUUCCAAGCUACACAAUGAGAAUAAUUAGUCUUCAGGGAUCGAAAAGCAACGGGAGCACUUAUCAUCUUAACAGCAAGCCACAAUCUUGGUAUCUCUAUUAUGCUCUGCCCCCUUGCCGCUCGUUUUGUAUCACUAAGACAAUCAAGAAGUACCCAAUAAGCACAAGAUCUAUCCAAAAUCUAUGAUGCAUCCAUAUUUGCAUGGUGUUGCUGGAGCUCCUAAGCACAUGACACCUUUGUUGAAGAACUCAGAGGAAAACAAAGCACGUCACUGAACUGCACAGCCAAAGUCUCGUACAUGUCUAACCAAUAAUAACAUGAUCCCCUUCGUAAAAGGUUCGUUGUAACUCCUUCACGUUCUCCCUGCCAGGAAAUGCUAUUGGUGCCAUACCGUCGUUCAGCUCCCCUUUUAAAGGAGCAUGUCAACCUCAGCUGCUCUUGAUGUCAGUCAUUGCAUAAAGCCUCAAUUUGAAGUUCUUUGAGGUACAUGUCAACAUACAACUUCUGUCUAGCUUAUAUAUAUUCCACCUAAAUCCAUAAAGUAAUUAACUGGAUCGAAUGGGGUAAAUUAGGAAAGAGAUAUUGAAUAAUCUUUUCAAUAUAUUUUACUCUUUUUAAAAAUAGAAAAUAAGAUGG